AGCUCUCCAGAAGACCCAACUCCGAAGCAGCACAAGCCCAAGUAGGGUUUCCUCGCUCCCACCUUCACCCACGAGGUCUCCGACGCCGCCGCGGCCGCCGACGACGACGACUACCUCCGGCGACCGCCGGGGCGGCCUUAGCGCCGGGUACCCUGCCGCCUCCGCGUAGCCGAGCCCUAUCGCGUACCCGUCCCUCUCGCGCCUAGUGCGCCGGGCUGGCCGGUGGCGGAGUACCGGAAAUGGCUACACCACUCAUAGCAGGACUCACGGUUGCAGCGGCGGCCCUUGCUGGUAGAUAUAGUAUCCAAGCUUGGAAUGCUUAUAAGGCAAGGCCUGUAGUUCCUAGGAUGCGCAAAUUCUAUGAAGGUGGCUUUCAACCUACAAUGACUCGAAGAGAAGCUGGUUUAAUCCUAGGUGUCAGGGAAAACGCCCAUCCUGAGAAGGUAAAAGAGGCGCAUAAGAAGGUCAUGGUUGCUAACCAUCCAGAUGCAGGCGGUAGCCAUUACCUUGCUUCAAAGAUCAAUGAGGCCAAAGAUAUUUUGUUAGGGAAGACAAAAGGAGGGGGGUCAGCCUUUUGAUUAUUACAAUAAUAAUGCACCAUAUGUUCUUUCAAUGAAAUGGUGAAUUUUGGUAUCUGUAGUCUGAGGACUUGAAAGGUAGGCUUAAAUCUUGAUGCGUGACUAGAAAUUUAUGGACAGAAAAUGUUAGCAGGUCUGUCCACUGUUUGACAUUUCAGUGCCCGGUCGUGUUCGCUCAACUGGUUAUCGAAUAACUGAUAUACAUGGAAAUGGUAAUACCUGUACGAUGUAUCAUAUCUCUAUUAGACCUGUUGCAUUUUGGUAGCUCUUCGGUGGACUUGAAAUAAGCAUGUACUAUCA